AUGCCUUUCAACGAGCUUGCGCCGCAAUACGAGCUCAAUGUCCCGAGCUAUCUUUCCAUUGAGUACCCGCUAAAUGUGAAGAACGUGUCAAAGGCAAUUGGCAUGGUGGGCGGGCGAGAGAAAAUAGCACAAUGUUUUAUCGAGCCAGAAAUGAGACUCGAGCUUAAACUGCGGCCUGACGACGUAUAUUCGCAUCCUGUCUCCUCUGAGAAGUGUGACACCACCGAGAACAUGCUCAUGAGGCUGAGUCUGCCCAAGAAAGUGCUCCAGAAACACAACUAUAACGUGCAGGCCGCUCUAAAAGAAUGCGAGGAAAAUAACAUCACCUACGGCUCUAGCGUGGAAGGGAUUCUCAACAAAACUUAUAAAUUCCGCCAGCUUGCCGACUUCCAGACUGUUCACAAGAACUCGCCGUUCACAAACCAGUUUCUGGACUCUGUCGGGAAAGCCGAUCUGGAAAAAAUUAAGCAGUUUGCGGAUUACAUUGAAAAAGACCAUCAGGUGCAGUCCAAGUUCGAAAACAAAGAUCUCGAUUUGCCGCCGCUAGUCAGGUACGCGCGCGUGGAUAUUCCUUAUAACUACAGAUAUGUUGGAAACCUCUUAAUUGACGAGAACGGUGAGCUGACUCGGGACAGUGUCAAGCUGCACACUAUAUUCGUGGACUGGGGAGAAAAAGUGCCAACAUCAUACAAUCCAGCACUCCAAAAAGAGCUGGACAGGUGUGUUCAGGAGGUGGAAAGCUUGAAGGAGCGCGGUUUGGAGCGUCUGGUGCCGGAUUCGCCAGCCUUCAGUCUGCUGCGUUGCAUCGAGAUCCUGAAAAAAUUAUUUGACAUGAAACCGAUUUGGCUACGAAGACAUAUUAGCUGGAUGCUACCAUCGCGCCUACGACCUCAAUUGAGGUUUGCACUGCCGUAUGUUGCUUUCACCACCAAGAAGGGUCCUUGGCGACAGUCGUACAUUAAGCUGGGCUACGAUCCAACGCUACAUAAAGAAGCUGUUGAUUAUCAGGUAGAGGCAUUCAGAAUGAGCAGCAAAUCGUUUACAAUGACAGAGAUGGAGCGAAUGGUGGAGGCGGGCGAGGAACCGCUCGUAGUGCCACCGACGCUGGCAAGCCACGAGGCCGAGUUUGACGAUCCCGAUUCCGAAAUCAGCCAGCUCGGUAUAGGUAAAGUGCCCAAACAGCUAUUCUACGACGGAGUGAGCCCUACGUGUGCCGUUUCGUUCCAAAUUGGAGACAUGGCGGAUGAGGACGUCAGGAAAAUCCUGAAAGAUGCCCAUAUCCAGGACCAGUGUCUGGAAGCCACGGGAUGGCUCGAUUGGGUAACGGUGUGUCGAAUCCGGGGAGUUAUAAAAUACAAGCUGGAAUGUAUUGAUAAGGGAAAAAACUUUGAUGUUGACAAAGUGCAAGCGAUAAUGACCAGGACCAGCUAUCCAUUCAACGAUUACAAAGGCCUAGUGCCGCGUGAAGAUGACGACAAUGAGGAAGAAAACGAGCAACCAGAAGCCGUUGACACCAACAUUGCCAAGGACGAUCUGAUCACACGGCUAAAGGUGUUCAACUCUCAGAACAGCCACAUUCUGGACGAAUUGACAGGCCUACUCAAGCAGGAAUCGUUCAUGGACGCUGGUAGACGGUAA